GGAAUUGUGGGAUAUAUUUUGGCAGCCAUCUUCCUGUGUAUUGAACAAACAUGUUUAAUAAAAGAUUAUUUACGUGUAAUGAGUGUAGCUGUCAAGUGAAUUAAUUAUAAUUCACGGUUAGGGAAGGAUAAAGGGAAAGUCGUCAUCUGAAGAAUAUUUUUUGAUGCAUUUUUUACUGGGAAGAGACAAGCUCUUCCAAUUAAGCCAUGGAGGCUCAGAGGUAAUAUGUCAAUGUCAUACUCGUCACGCACUACACCUAGAUCAUCAGCUUCGCAGGGAAGGAUUAAGACAGAAAACACUGCUUUAAGUGCAAUAUUACGGGAAAAGUCCAAUGGGAAUUUAGCACAUGCACAGCGCACUGCGUCAGUUUAUUCUCCUGCUUUAGAUGUUGUACCAUCUCAUGUUGAUGUUGUAAAUGUAUCUAAUAAUAAAACUAACCAAGAAAAGCAAGAUUUGCAAUAUAUUAAUGCUAGCAAGUCUUCUGAAAGCUUAAAAACUGCGACUAAUCCAGAGCACACGCUUGUUCAUGAUAAUAAUCAUUCUAAAUCACCAGUAGAAUCAGAGACUGUUAAUAAUUUAGAAUCAAAGAAAACUGAGUCUGUAAAGGCAAACACUUCAGAACUUAAUCAGGAAAAAAGUGAAGGAAUUUUUGAACAGCCUGAUAGCCCCCAUAGCAAUGCUUAUGCAUACAGGUCCUUAAAGAGUCAAAAAUAUUCUGAAAGAUCAAGGUCUGAAAUAGCUAAAGAGAAUCAAAACUCUGGUUUCACUGGUGAAAAAUCUGAAAGUGGACAAUUGCAACAGCAUGGUGAUAGUUUAACAAAGAGUUUUGUUAAGGAUGAUGUGAUUGGGAGUGGUAACACUAAUAAUAAUUCUCGUGUAAAUUCUAGGCAAAACUCCCAGAUUAAAGCAAUUAAAAGUGAAAGAAACAAUACUGUUAAUCAAAGUGAUAUAUCUGUUGCACAAAAGAGUAGUGAUAAACAAUUUGCACAUGAAAAUAGUGAUAAACAAUUUGCACAUCAGAGUAGUUUUAGAGAAAACACUUCACAUAAAAGACAGAAUUCACAGCUUGAUAAGCAGCGGGCACGUGAUCACAGCUUAUUAUCUCAGCAGCAAACUCACUUGAGCUUAAGUUCACAUUAUGAAAGAUUGAGUAGAGACAGAACGCCUUUAAGAGUUAAUACUCAAGAUCAGCUUGUUCCACCUUUAGACUUAAGUGGUGUCAGUUUACCUGAACCUGUAAACCUUUCUUCUCCUCCAACUCCUGCCACCCAGCAUGUUUUAAAGGAUCAGAAAUUGCAUGCUUCUGAUCCAAAGAGUUCUAUUGUUCAUUUCUCUUCUCGUGAUUAUAAUUCUUCUACUCGUAGGACUUACGAAGUAGCAAGUCCUAAGUUGUCUUCUCAAAUACCACAUGUAAAAUCUUCUGACAAUUUCAGACAUUUAGACGAUGACCAAGAUACAUAUCGUGACCGUCAACAAGAACCAGAAGGUAUAGAACCACAUAGGUCAGACUUAGCAGAUGAUUUAAAAGUUCCCUAUCCUUUUGACACUCAGGCAUUUCAAGGUGAGGACUCUGCAAGAGAUCCUAAACCCCCAUCUCCCCCUGUUCAAACCACACCACCACCAGUUAAAGAACCUGCAACAAGUCUUCGUAGCAAUAGUAGUGUGUAUGCUGUAGCUAACCCAGAGGUUCUUCGUGCACAAGGUAUUGAACCUCAGUCAGAAAAUAACUAUAUUAACAGACAACAUUCUAACUCAAAUGCCAGAAAUUCUGUGCAAAGUGGUGUAAAAUUUGAUUCAAAUAGUCAGCGUCCUCCAAGUUUAAGUAACAGGACAUAUGGUGGAAGCCCUGUAAAAGACAGAGCUCCAACACCUUAUGCAAAAUCUCCUGAACAAGAUUUACCAACAACCCCUCCAGAUUGGGACAACGGAAGGGAAAGAAAGUCACGGGAACAAUCAAAUACUUCAAAACAUAGUUUACCACCUCAACACCCCCCUCUAGACACACUUCACUCUAAACCAGGAAGUAGAGGAACAAAACGUACGCAAGACGAUAAUCAAUCCAUAAAACGUGUUUAUGUAGAAUCUCCAUCAUUCACAAAGGAGGAAGAAGAAGAAUACAGAUUUGUUAGUAGCAGACUCGAAGAAAACGACAAUAAAGAAACUUUUAGAGAAAUGGAUAAUUCACGCAGAGGCUAUGGUGGGGAUGAUAACCCUGGUAAUAGUUAUUCAGAAAGCAGGAGCCGACCAAAGGAAAGUAAUAAUCGGGGUGAUAGUUACAGAGAUAAUAGAAAACCUGGAAGUGAUUAUGACAACCAGAAUAGGGGCUAUGAUAAAGAUAGGUAUGAAGAUAGGAAUGAAGACAGAUACGAUAAAAGAAAUCAAGACCGUAAUGGGGAGGAAUCUGACAGAGAUAGAUUUGAUGACAGACGACAAGAGCGAAAUGGAUAUAGUAAUGAUAGAAAUAGUAGGGAUAGACACAGAGAAAGUGACAGGUAUAGAGAAAAAAUGAAUUAUGAUCGUGGAGAUAGGUAUGAAAGAUUACGCGAUGAAAGAGGGGAAUAUGAAAGGGAGCCAAGACGUGAAGAUGAAAUGGAGUAUCGUCGAGGUUAUAAAAAGCAAAACACUGAAAUGGAUGAACGUGAUUUACAAAAAGAGGCUGAAUAUCAAAAGGAUUUGAAAAGGAGAAUUGAAAAGCAAAGUAUAAAAAUGAAAGGUGAUGAAAAAGAACGAUAUGAAAAGGAAAGAUAUGAAAGAGAAAUGUAUGAAAGGGAACAAUAUGAAAAAGAAAGGGAAAGAUUUGACAGGGAAAGUUAUGAUAAAGAAAAUGACUUUCCUAGAGAUUCUUUAGAAUAUCCAUCAGAUGAUCGUGAAGGAGGUUACGUACAGGAUUCGUUAGAUUUUAAUUAUAGUCAACGACAACAAGAAUGGGAAAAUCCUCCUCAAAAUCCGUACCAAGAUAAUCCUGCCUAUUUCCCAGAUGGAUUUAGUAAACAGGAUUCUAAACCAGACUUUUAUGAUCCUGAUGAUGUUGAAAGAAUGGAUAUUGUUAAUCCAAAAGCUCCUAAAGUUGACUAUGUUGAACAAAAUAAGUAUGAUUAUGGAAAAAAUCAAAGAAAAACAUAUCGCAAUAUUGUUCAUAAAAAAAAAGAGGAGGAAGAAAAAUUAGAUCAUAUAUUUAUAACACCUAAACUACCAUCUAAACCUAAAAAGAAACAUAAAAAAGCCCAAUCAGCACAGCCUGAACAUAUGGGUUACCAAGCUCCAGACAAUUUCCCAAUGGGUUUCAAACCAUCAUCAGCUGAGGAGAUGUGGGCACAGAGAGCACAAAUGCUUUCACAGAAGAAGGGCUCAGCACAGAGCGGUAAACCAGCUAAAGCUAGUGCAAGUAAAUCUGUUCCGAGAUGGAACACUAAUCCACAAGUUAAACAGGCAAAUAAAUUUGAGGCCCCAGCUCCACUUCCAAAUCAAGGUCAGUUUUUUAAACCAACUGGUGCAUACAAUCCUGGCAGUGCUCAGGAUCAAGGGGGUUAUUCCCAACAACCGAGUGGUUAUUCCCAACAACAAGGUGGGUAUAGCACGCCAACUCGUCAGCUUCAGCCAUUAGAAAACAGGCCGGCAGCUCCAGCCUCGACAGAAAUGGUUCCCUUAGCAAUAAACCCUUCUUCUCCGUUUCGACGACACAUGGAAUUAAAACCUAUAUCACAAGAAAUCACAACAGAGGACGGACAAAGAAUUAGUGUUGAUAUUAACCUGCGAUUAAUAAGUCCGCCUCCAGGACAUUCUGGUGCAGGGUCUCCCUUACAACAACAAACUCAGCAAUUAGCAUUACUUCCAGUUCAAGAAACACAAGGGCAGUAUGGAACAGGUGUUCCAUACCAAAUGCAAGAUAGUUAUGGAAAUUACAAUGAUGGGUACAACACAGGUUAUCAAGAGGACCAGGGCCAGCAAUACAAUAAUGGUUAUGGAACCGAUCAUGUUAUAGAUGGGAACCAGUAUACGGCAGAGGAGCUAGCACUCGUUGACCCGACAAGUUAUUCGAAGAAAUAUCAGCCGGGCUCAGUGAGCUUCAAGGAUGAUUUAGAUAACAACAGUGAUUUGAAAUCAUUGGAGGAAGGGUAUGCCUCCCUUUACCACAAGAUGAAGAGCAAGGACCCGAGUGAGCAUCCAUGGUAUAAGAUAUAUAACCUACAUGACUACAAGAAAAUGCAACGUGAGGUCCGCCUCAAUAGAGGCACGCUCGGACCAGACCUUGACACAGAAUCCUACAAAGAUAAGAUGGAAAAGAGGCAUAAGCAGUUUGAAUAUGCAAGGAUGGUUAUGGAGAAGAAUAGAAUGGAAUUAGGACAUAAAAAGCCUCCCAAGUUUCCAAGGCAACCUGAAAAGCCAGGGGAAGAGGGUGUCAAAAGAAAAACUGCUUUAGAGUAUGCUAAAAAUGUACCCAAACCACCAGUAAAACAGCGGCCAAACCAGUACAACUCCUAUGAGGUGGCUGCUCAGAUUACUCCAGGACCCAGUGGCAAUAAGGCCCGAUCCCCAACUAGAACAAAAGCUACUCCCCCACCCACUCAGACAAUGGAUGUUAUUGAUAUUCGGACUCUAGAGCAAAGACAUUUACAAGAGAGACAAAAAACAGAUAAAAUAAGACAAAAUAUGAACAGUGUGUUAUCGCAGCAGAAAGCUCAUUAGGUAGAAAUAGACAGUUUUUUCCUAAUCAGUUUAAAAAAACUGCUGAAACUAUGUAAAUAAAGUGUUGAUUUAAAGAAUAUUAAAAUUUGUUUGAACAAAAUGCCAACUGUUUGCCAUACAACAGGGACCAACUUGAUUCAAUUAUUUAGUCGAUUUGAAGUAAUAAUUUGUAUCAACUUGAUAAAUUUGACCGUAUUAAUUUCUUAAAUUAAACUUUAAAGACUACACAAACCCAUAACUUCAAUGAUAUUUCAAAGCAAUCAUUUAUUUGAAGUUUAGGUAUUAUUUUGCCUGAUUAAUAUUGGUGACAACCACAGAUAUUUUUUUUUUUUUUUUCAUAUUUUUUUUUAAAAAUGGCAAAUAGCUUUACUUUAGAUAUUAAAUUUUGUAUCAUUAUUUACAGUGUUGUACAUUGCAAUUUAUAUUCCUAAUUCUUAAGGAUUUCAGAGAAUUUGAUAGUUCAUUAGUUUUUCAGUUUAAAAAGGUUUUGUUCUGGGAACUAUUUUUAAGUCCACAUUUUUUUAUAUAUGACUCAAUAUAUUUUUGUAAUGGGUAAUAUCAGUCGGCAUGUAGUUAUAAUUGGAUUCAGAAGAUAAAAUUAUUCAGAGUGUUUUCAAAAUAUUUUGUUUAAUAAUGAUUAAGACAAUCCUGUCAAGUGUGGGGAUUUAUUUUUUGAUGAUCACAGCAUUUGAAAGGAAAGCAAAACAAAAAUAUGGAAAGAAGAUGGGGACAUCUUGCACAUAUUUAUUCGUAACUUUAAAUUUACUUGUACAGUAUUGUGAACAAAAUGGGAAACUAAUGUUCCAGUCAGUUGUAAUCUUGGCAUCACACCUGCUGAGGAAAUGAACAUCAUCAUUAUGCCUGAAAGGAAAAUGAACCUCUGCAUCACUCUUAAGGGGAAAUGGUCCUUGACAUCACUCCUGCAUGGGAAAUGAACCUCAGCAUCAGAUCUGCACGUAAAAUAUGCUAAUCCUUUAUCUUCAGUCUGUCAAAUUUUUUCCUGGUCCAUGUAGUGGUUAUGUUUUGCUGCCAAAAUUUGUUUAGUUGUUUGAUAGAGAUUCUUUUAUCUAUUACAAUUAGGAGCAUUUGAUUGAAAUGUUUUAGAUGCAGCUUUUAUGUAGUUAUCUAACAAGGUGCUUGAUAGGAUCUACUUGCAGAAGGAGCAAAUUAACCAUUUUUGAAUUUAUUGGUUUGAUUUUGAGACAGUUAGCUACUUUGAGCAAAUGAAUGACAGACAGCUGCCAUAUACAAAUGUCAAAAUUGAUGUUAAUAUGAGAUUUUAAAUUUUAAAAUAUUACAGGGGACUUAUGUUGUGUAGACAGAAUUGUUACUGAUAUAACCUUAGUUUAGAGAAAGGAUAAAUGAUGAUUUGAUUUAGUCAUAUUUGUGUGUUAUUUCAGACAGAUUUAUAUAAAGACUUUUCUUUUCUGUUAUAGAUCUUUUAAAAGAGUUUAUUUCAUCAUUAUAUUUCAUUUGAACAACUUUACACUGAUUUGAAUGGCUGUUAUUUCUUGUUAAAGGAAUCUUAUUUAUGAAGAAGAAAAGCAUUGCUAUAUAAGCAGAGUAAAGUAAAUAAAAAAUUAUGUUUAUUUUCAGAUUAUUGAGGUAGAAAUAUCAUUAUAUUUUAUGUUAGAAUAUAAUGUGUAUUCAGUUUAUUAUUGUUCAGUCACCUGGACUGUUAAAAUAGUUUCAUUUCAAUUAUUUAUUUCAUUGAUUGAUUUUCAUAUGGCAUUGGAGCAAAAGAUGCAGGUUUUCUUUAUUUAUGUAUUUGCUUUUGAAGAAAAGGACAUUGUUUCUGACUCUUUUCAUUUUAAGAAAAAGGAAUAAAUUUGAAUUGAAGUUUCAAGUUACAGUAAAUUAUUUUGCACUAUAAGGAUAUGUUAUUAUUUCUAUGAAUAGAUAUUUUUAUGAGAUUUAGUUCGAGUUUGUUUUUGUUUUGGGAUGAAUUGAAAGAAAUUCUUUUAGAAAUUUCAUGUUAUAUACAUAAAUCUAUUGAAAAUUUAUAUCCAAAUUGAAUAGAUGAAAUAUUCACCAACAAAAACAGUUAUGUGAAAAAGUUAGGUCUUUUUAAAAUUUUGAAUUGAAAAUGUUAUUAACUGUAUAGAGUUGGAAGUGCAGACAUUUUGUUUAUGUUUGGUUUGGUUCCAAUGUUAGGGGCUAAUCUGCUUUGGUGUUAUAAAGCAGAGAGAACAAGAUGUAUGUGAUGUUCAGAUGUAUUUAGUGUAUUUUGAUAACCUAUGCGGAAUCAAAGUCAGUUCAUUUAUGUUAAGUGUUGUAAUGAAUUAUCUUGUUGCCAAAUAAUGUUUUUAAUUUAUUGAUGAAAUCAGUUGUAAUUUGAAGUGUAAAGAAUAUAUUAUUGGGAAAUGGGUUGUAGCAGAUAAAUAGAUAUAAAGAUUUAUAGAUAUAUAAAAGAAUUGAUGUUUUCAGAGGUUAUAUUUUCAUUCUGAAUUGAGAUUUGUUUGUUGUGGUGGUUAUACACUAGGACAGAAGUCAGGGUUGUGUAUACAAAACAAGCAAAUUAAUAUCUUUUUAAUAAAUGGAAAAAAUAAUGUUGCACCUUACUUAUAAUGUAUAUAUAAUAUAUUUUCUCUUUUCUUUUAAGACUUUUCUUUGCUGUUUUUGUUAUUGGGUUCUCUUUACUGCUUAAUCUAUUUUCCAUUGAGGAAGAGCACUCUGAAAUAUUCAUCAAUGCUUUUUAUGAAACGAAAUUUUAAGUUGCAUAGAAUAUCACUUUACCUGCAAAUCUCAUAUGAAAUGCAUUUUUCUCUCAAUAAUAUUGAAAAUAAAUGGAAUAAGGCUGAAUGUUUAAACAUUUUAUGCUCAUAACAAAUAAGAAAUCCAUAUUGUUUUAUUUUUGUAAUUCAUCAUACAGUUAUAAAGGACUAAAUUAAUCAUUCAUAUAUAACUUAAUCAGAAUUUCGCUUAAAGAAAACCAGCAAUUCUUUCAUUAUCCAUUUCUAAAUUUUUUCUUAUUAUUUAUUGUGUGUGCUGUUAAUUUAAAGCUUAAAGAUUGAUCAAUCAUUUAUUAAUCUGUCACCUUUUCCGUGCUUUAUUGUAUACUGUAUAGCCCCUGUAUGUAAAUAUGUAUAGAUAGCGAUUUUCAGAUUUGGAUUAGACACAUCCCAUGUUUUAUAUAUACAUUGUAUUUGUCAACUUGUCCAAACUAUGUGAUAUGUAUAGAAAAGUAACAUUACAAACUUUUAAUGUUUUUUUCUGUUGUGAGCAUUAUCUGUGAUACUCAAGUGGGAAAUGUUUUAAGUCAUUUCUAUUAUAUUCCAUGGCAAUUUUUGCUUUUAAGUUAUUAUGCUAUAGCUGAUUUUUCUGACAUUUUUUUUAAAAUAUUCAUCCUGUUUUCAGUUUGUUGAAUUAACCAACAGAGAUAUGCAUGUUUGAUUCACCUAUAGUAUAAUCAGUGGUUUAAGCACUGAGAAAUACUGAAUAUUUUGCAUUGAAAAUCAUUUCACUAGACGUGAAGAAAUCUUAAAUAAAGGGCUUUAACUCUAGUUAUAUCCAUUAAGGAACAAAAGCAGGAUGUGAGCUUGGGGAUUUGUUAGUUUUUUUCCAUAGACUAGAAUGAAAUGAUAAAAUUAUUAAUGGUAAAAAGGUCAAUGUAGUAAUAUAUGAGCCGUGUCAUGACAAAACCAACAUAAUGGGUUUGCGACCAGCAUGGAUCCAGACCAGCCUGCGCAUCCGCGCAGUCUGAUCAGGAUCCAUGCUGUUCGCUAUCAGUUUCUUUACUUGUUAUAGGGUCUGUAAGCGAACAGCAUGGAUCCUGAUCAGACUGCGUGGAUGCGCAGGCUGGUCUGGAUCCAUGCUGGUCGCAAAGCCAUUAUGUUGGUUUUGUCAUGACAUGGCUCAUAUGAUAAUCAUUAUAGUCAGCAAAAUUAGUAAAUCAUUUGAUUAGGUAAGAAACGUUGCUUUAAAGGACAUUCACAGAUUUACUUAUUUCAGGUUAUUUGUAUAUUUUUCAAAGAGCCAUUUUACUUCAUGUUAUGCUUUUAAAAGAUUUUAUGAAUUUUUUGUUUUGUUUUAUUUAUUUUACGUGUUUAUAAUUUAACAGGAUUUGUUUUAUUUUCGUUGCUACUUGUACCUCAUUAUUUGGUUCUACAGGAUUAGUGGAAAAGUAGUUCUAUAGUAUACUAACAUUAUCCGUCCGUAUUAUAUAGAUUGUGCCUUGUUUGUUAUUUUGUUAAUACUUUAUAUGUACAAUAUUUUAUAUAUUUAACAUCUGAGACUUUGUAUACAGUAAAAGCGAGGUGUUGAAUUAACAUUAUCACUUAUAGUACAUACUAAUACUAGAGUUUUGAUAUUACAAGGCUGAUAGAGUUUGGGACAAACUGAUAGGCAACUUUUGAACAUAAUUGCUAAAUUGUUUGAGAGAUAAAAAUACGCAUUUUAAUAUUUUUCAUGUAAAGUAAAAAUUUCUUCCAUGUUCAUUGACAUAUAUAUAUGUUAAUUUGGUAAACACUUAGGUACCAAAAACUUGUUCACUAUUCAGUCAUGUUUAAAUACACAUUGAAUGCAUGUUUGAAGUUUACAUACUGAUGUUGAUAACACAUACUUUUGAUACUUUUGUAACAACUCCGUCCUGAUGAAAAUGUCUGUGUUUUUCUGUGAUAUUUUAAAGGUGUGCUCAUUUGUGACUUGCUAUUAUCUUGAAAGGGACGUUAUGGAAUUAACUUUUUUUCUUGUCUAAUAAUAAAUAAACAAUAACCAUAGAUUUGAAUAAUUUUAACCAUAGGAAUUUGCUAUUGUUUUGUAGUAAACUUUUCUUACAUUCUAUUUUUUUCAAGAGGAGAAUAUUGAUUGUGUUAUUCUAUGUUGUAGACAUAAUUGUCCCUUUUAAUGUGUCAGUAUACAUGUACAUUUUACACAUACUGUCUCAGAUUUUUACCGUCCAUCGUCUUUUUUUUAUUUCAUAAAACAACACUGUAUAUUCCCAUGGAAUGUCGUAAUGUUUGGUAUUCUAAAAUGGAAUAAAUUUAUAGAACAAAA